AUGGAUGCGUUAGUGAAGUCGGGUUAUUUGGAUUUGGCAUUAUCGGUUUACGAAGACUUUAGGGGUGAUGGGUUGGUCGAGGAGAGUGUUACUUUUAUGAUCUUGAUAAAGGGUCUUUGUAAAAUGGGAAGAAUGGAUGAAAUGUUGCAGCUUUUGGAGAGAAUGAGGGUGAAUUUGUGUAAACCUGACGUGUUUGCAUACACGGCAAUGGUUAAGGUUUUGAUUUCAGAGGGGAACUUGGACGGCUGUUUGAGGGUUUGGGAGGAAAUGAAGAGAGAUAGGGUAGGGGCAGACGUUAUGGCAUAUGCAACUCUGGUUACGGGUCUGUGUAAGGGAGGGAGGGUGGAGAAGGGAUACGAGUUGUUUAGGGAGAUGAAGGUUAAGGGUUUCCUGAUUGAUAGAGCCAUUUACAGGGUGUUGAUUGGGGGGUUCGUGGCAGACAGGAAGGUUGGAGCGGCAUGUGAUUUGUUGAAGGAUUUGAUGGAUUCAGGGUAUAGGGCAGAUUUGGGGAUAUAUAAUUCUCUUAUUGAGGGUUUAUGUAAUGCGAAGCGGGUUGACAAAGCUUAUAAGAUUUUCCGAGUUACAGUUCAAGAGGGUCUUCAGCCAGAUUUUGCUACGGUGAAUCCCAUUUUGGUGUCUUAUGCUGAGAUGAGAAGAAUGGAUAACUUUUGCGAUAUGCUUGCAGAGAUGGAGAAAUUUGAUUUUCCUGUUAUUGAUGAUCUUUCAAAAUUCUUUUCCUUUAUGGUAGGAAAGGAGGAUGGAGUCCCGUUAGCUUUGGAAGUGUUUGGGGAGUUGAAAGUUAAAGGUUAUUAUAGUGUUGGAAUCUACAAUAUCCUUAUGGGAUCCCUCCACAAAUCUGGGAAAGUGAAGAAAGCAUUGUCUCUCUUUAAUGGAAUGAAGGAUGUGGAUUUGCAGCCCGAUGUGUCUACCUAUAGCAUUGCAAUUAUGUGUUUUGUUGAAGAUGAGGACAUCCAUGAGGCUUGUGCCUCUCAUAAUAAGAUAAUUGAGAUGUCUUGUGUUCCUUCUAUCUCUGCUUAUUGUUCUCUUGCAAGAGGUCUUUGCAAAGUUGGCGAGAUUGAUACAGUUAUGCUGCUUGUUCGUGACUGCUUAGCCAGUGUGACAAGUGGGCCCAUGGAAUUCAAGUAUUCUCUUACCAUUCUCCAUGAAUGUAAAUCUAAUAAUGCUGAGAAGGUGAUUGAAGUACUAAACGAGAUGAUGCAGCAGGGUUGUCCUCCGGAUGAUGUUAUAUACUCUGCUAUCAUCUCUGGCAUGUGUAAGCAUGGAACAAUAGAGGAGGCAAGGAAGAUAUUUUCUAAUUUGAAAGAGCGCAAACUUUUAACAGAAGCCAACAUGAUUGUGUAUGAUGAAGUAUUAAUUGAACACAUGAAGAAGAAGACGGCAGAUCUGGUGGUGUCAGGAUUGAAGUUUUUUGGUUUAGAAUCCAAGUUGAAAGCAAAGGGUUGUAAACUGCUGUCGGGAUGA